UGUGUUUUUGGUUGGUUUAUAGAAGAUCUUCAUGAUAUGUAGGCACACGGGUCCGUGAAUGGUUUGUUCAGCUGCCAAUCAGCAACACAUCCUUAGGCUUCGUUUAGCAGCGAAACAUAUCAGUUGCUGUGGAGUGAUUUGACGGAGAGAGAGUGUACGGGCUGGACCAUCAGUGCGCUUUACAUCUCAUGUUUCUCUUCCAUUUGAAAAGAUUGUAGAAAUAGGUGACGAUUUCGAACCUUGCAUGCCAGGAGCGGAGGACUCUGUCGCCGGUCAACGGCUGUUUUUUAAUCUUUCGGGUUUCUUUCUCACAUGAUAAGCUAAUUAAUCGGAGGCAUGUGGAAUUGUAUAAGGAUUACGAAUUGCCUUUCAAUAGCGUGCCUGCUGUUAUCGUUGUGGACUAAGGUGUCCCAUUCCAAGGGCUAUUUCGAGCUGCAGUUGAUUACCGUACAGAAUGUGAACGGCGAGCUGUCGGACGGGGACUGCUGUGACGGGACCAGGAACUCCCAGAACCGGCGCUGCACGCGGGACGAGUGCGAUACUUACUUUAAAUUGUGUUUAAAGGAAUUCCAGUCGCAGGUCUCCACCACGGGCCCGUGUAGCUACGGAACUGGAUCUACUGCCGUCCUGGGUGGAAAUACGUUUUCUUUUAAGAGCUCGAAGGGCAAUAAAAAAAAAAUCGAAGACGCCGGCAAGAUCAAAAUUCCUUUAAAUUUCUCCUGGCCGCGGUCAUAUACCUUGAUCUUGGAAGCCUGGGACUGGGACAAUGACACAAAGAGCAAUUCCGACCUGCUCAUUGAACGAGCCAUCCACAUCGGGAUGAUCAACCCAGGAGAUGAUGGACAGACGCUUCAGCACAACGGACCCAUCGCCAGCUUUGAGUACCGAAUCUGGGUCAAGUGUGAUGAGAAUUACUACGGUGUAGCCUGCAACAAACACUGCAAACCCAGAGAUGACUAUUUUGGCCACUAUGUCUGUGAUCAGCUUGGGAACAAGCUCUGUAUGGAAGGCUGGAGAGGCACCGACUGUAACAUAGCUAUUUGUAAGCAAGGCUGUAACCUGAUUCAUGGGACUUGUAAGAAGCCAGGUGAAUGCACGUGCCAUUAUGGCUGGCAGGGCCAGUUCUGUGAGGAGUGCCUGCCCUACCCUGGCUGUAUGCACGGGACCUGCGUGAAACCCUGGCAGUGCAACUGUGAGAAGAACUGGGGAGGGCUGUUGUGUAACAAAGAUUUGAACUACUGUGGAACGCACAGCCCGUGUCUGAAUGGAGGCAAAUGUAUGAACACCGAGCCGGAUGAGUAUGACUGCGCUUGUCCUGAUGGGUAUUCGGGCAAAAACUGCGAAAUUGCUGAACACGCCUGUGCAUCGAACCCUUGCGCAAAUGGUGGCAUUUGUCACGUGACCCCAACUGGCUUUGAGUGCCAGUGCCCCCAAGGCUGGAGUGGGCCCACUUGUGCCAAUGAUGUGGACGAGUGCGCCUCCAACCCCUGUGCUAGGGGGGGAACCUGUAUCAAUCAGGAGAAUGGGUUUGAAUGCCUUUGUCCUCCACAGUGGUCUGGAACAACCUGCCACCUGGAUGCUAAUGAGUGUAUGGGGGAUCCUUGCCUUAAUGCUUACUCUUGCAAAAAUUUAAUUGGUGGAUAUUAUUGUGCCUGCAUUCGUGGAUGGGCUGGACAGAACUGUGAAAUCAAUAUAAAUGAUUGCAACGGACAGUGUCAGAAUGGAGGAACCUGCCAGGACGAGGUGGAUGGGUACCGCUGUCAGUGCCUGCCAGGGUUCGUGGGCAGACACUGCGAGGUCCAGCGGAGCAAGUGUCCGGGGGCGCUGUGCAGGAACGGGGGCAAGUGCCACGAUCUGUCCAACGGCUUUUUCUGCGAGUGCCCGCCAGGCUUCUCCGGAGAUGUGUGCGAGGUUAAAAGCGAUCCUUGUAACCCAAACCCCUGUCAGAAUGAAGCUACUUGUCACAAUUCCUUUGGGGAUUAUUACUGUGCCUGUCCAGAAGACUACGAGGGAAAGAACUGUUCUGAUCUGAAGGACCACUGCAAAACUACCCCCUGCGAAGUUAUCGACAGCUGUACGAUAGCCGUCGCGUCCAAUACCACCCAUGAUGGAGUGCGCCACAUUUCCUCCAACGUGUGCGGCCCGCACGGACAGUGCAUCAGCCAGCCGGGAGGGAAUUUCACUUGCUCCUGUGACCAGGGAUUUACGGGGAUCUACUGCCAUGAAAACAUCAACGACUGCAUUUCGGGUCCCUGCAAGAACGGGGGCACCUGCAUCGAUGGCGUCAACUCCUUUCAGUGCUUCUGCCCCGAUGGCUGGGAAGGAGAGCUGUGUGAUCUCAACGUGAAUGACUGUGACCGCAACCCUUGCAAGAACAGUGGCCGCUGUGUGGACUUGGUGAAUGACUUCUACUGCGAAUGCAUGGACAACUGGAAAGGGAAGACCUGCCAUUCGCGUGAAAGUCAGUGUGAUGCCAAUACCUGCAGCAAUGGCGGCACCUGCUAUGAUCAUGGAGACACCUUCCGCUGCGCCUGUCCUCCAGGGUGGGGCGGCAGCACCUGUAACACAGCAAAGAACAGCACAUGUGCGUCGCGCCCCUGUGCGAAUGGGGGCACGUGCGUAGGCGGGGGCGACGGCUUCACCUGCAUCUGCAAGGAAGGCUGGGAAGGACCCACCUGCACGCAGAACAUCAAUGACUGCAGCCCUCACCCCUGCUACAAUGGUGGCAUCUGUGUAGAUGGUGUGAACUGGUUUCGAUGUGAAUGCGCGCCUGGGUUUGCUGGCCCUGACUGCAGGAUCAACAUUGAUGAAUGCCAGUCAUCCCCCUGCGCAUAUGGUGCAACCUGUAUUGACGAGAUAAAUGGGUACAGAUGUGUCUGCCCCAUUGGGAGAGCGGGACCCCGAUGUCAAGAAUUUAUCGGGUUCGGGAAGAUGUGCCGCUACACCGGGCUGCAGUUUCCCCAUGGCAGCCAUUGGGAGGAGGAGUGCAACACCUGUCAGUGUGUGGAUGGCAACAUCGAGUGUACCAAGGUGCUGUGUGGACACAAGCCAUGUCUUCUGCACAGGGUGCCAGGACAGGAUGGCCACUACUGCCCCAAAGACCAGGACUGCCAGAAGCACAACUACCUGACCUGCUUUUCUCCCCCCUGUGACCAGUGGGGCAUCUGCUCAUCGCCGAACCCCUCUCCCCCUGCAAACACCAAGUGCAAGCCCAACAGUGACUACAUGGACAACAGCUGUGCAAUAAUCACCUUGAUAUUUAACAAAGACAAAGUGCCAAUGGGCACCACCGUGGAAAACAUCUGUAAAGAAUUGCGGUACCUGCCAGCAGCGCGGACCGUGGCCAAGGAGAGGACUCUGCAAGUGCUGUGUGACAUCUCCUAUUCCCAAGAGGAUGCUGUGGAGGUGGCCAUAUCCUUUGAGCGGGACGAGCCGGAUCACAGUCGCAUCAAGGAAGCAGCCAGCACGAUCAGCAAAGCGCUAGACAAAAAGCGUGCUGACAACAGCACGGUCUUUUCGGCCAUUGUAAACGUCAAAGCGCAACCUGAGCCCGAACCAGGAGGCGUUGGUCAAGUUUACCUGCUAUAUGUGCUGCUCCCAUUGUUCGUCAUUCUCUGGAUCAUCUGCUUCGUCAUCUGCGUCUGGUGGAUGAGGAAGAGGAGAAAAGAGAGGGAAAGAUGCCACAUGUCGGCAGACGACAGCGUGAACAAUCAGUGGGAGCCUCUGAACCCCAUCCGCAACCCCAUAGUCAAGCCAUGCAGCAACAGAGACAUUCAGUACGAAUGCAAGAAACUCAUGUCCCCCCCCAACAGGACUUGCGAUGGGGGGGAGGAGGAAGAGGAGGAGGAGAUGGAGCUGGAGAGGGAGGGCUUGGAGGUGGAGAAGUGUCCCUCACACAAAUUCGCAAAGACUGGAGUGCAGGGAAAAGGGGGCAUCAUCUGCACAACCUGCAGCGUCCCGGCGAAAGCGCCGCACCGGACCUCCUACCACCCCAAGGACAACAGGUGUAAAAACACUAACACUGCAGUCAGCGAACAAGUCAAAGACAAUUGCGUAUGAACAAAGUCCAACAGGGGAGCGUCCUCCGUGCCUGCUCAAUCUCAUGCACAAGGAAGUGAUGCACGUCGUCUUGGACGUUCAAGAACAUCUGAACCAACCCGUUUUUUUUUGUAUUGUUGUUUUUUUUCCCCUCCAUCUGUAAAUUAUUUGUGGCUCUGUGCGGACACAGAGAAAAAUCUUUUGAUAUUCAUGCUUUUUUUUUUUAUGUACAGCGAAUUGUAUUAUUUGUACCAGAGGCGGAACGAGGCCUACAUGUGCGACGUACUGUUCAGAAAUUGUAUAAAGAGGACUUGUAUUUUUUUGUUUUGUUUACAGAAUGUUACUUUUUAGUUUUGGUUUGUACUCGUCCUAGUUCUUCUAGAAGCACAGAGCCGCCUCCUGCCUGAGGGGGAGGUUGAGGCCUUGCUUGUGUGACGCUGGUCUGCGCAGACCUGGAGGAAACAACUGAACGGCAGCUCUCUGCACUUGUUACACUUGUUGCUACUGUCGGUCUUUUUUCACCCGAAUUUGCCUUAGAACAUGUGGGGCGCUUUUGCAGCCGUGCGUGAAAAGUGGCCUUUUUCUUUCCGAUUUUUGUUUUUCCCUAUUGUCUCCUUAAGAUGAGGAUUGCAGUAUUUGUGUUUGUAGCAAGUGCCUUGAGAUGAACCUUUUUUUUCCAUUUCUUUUUCCUCGCCUAGUGACUGUCAAAGUAGGCCCUACGAUUAACAUUCAAAGGGAAGAUCUGUUCUUCAGAACUCUGCUGUUUGUAACUUUGAAAGGUAUUUGAUCAAAAAAACAAGAUGUGUAUAUAUGUAUAUAUUAAAGGAAUCGCUGUGUAUAUUUGAAUUUAGUAACUUAAGACAAGUCAUAAAGUCAUUUUUUUAUUUUUUUUUAUAAUGCCAUUCCUUUUAUUUAUGUCAGUUGACAAAGGCAGGUUUUAUAACUGUUAAAAGUGUAACUUUACAGCAUCCCGCAUUACCGUAAGAACAUUAAUAUAAACAUUGAUCAUUGUUCUGUUAAAAUAAGUUAAAUGAUUGUGUAAUGUACACCAAUAUGUUUGCUUUUCUGAUGGGUUACCUGUUUUGGGCUCAUUUUGCUGCUUCAGUUUUUAGAGAAAUGUGUAUAAGUUCCUUACAAAUCUUCAAAAGUGUGGGACAUUGCAUCCACUGACUUUACUUUGUGAAUACUGCUAUGUCACACAUGUAAUACUAUGUAUUUGUGCAACUGAUCACUGAUAGGCCUAAUGAAGGGAACAAUUUUUUUGUUAAGCAUUUGUUAGUGCUGUUUCUGUACUGCAGCAGGAUGGAAAUUGUCUACCGAAUUGAAACGAAAUGAAUUACCUCAUAAGUGGUAGUGAAUGUUUUUUAUUGUUUCUUUUUUUAAACAAAAAGCUUUAAUAUCACUCAUUUAGAACAAGCAUCCUGUUUCGAUAUUUGGGAUGAGAUAAAAGGAGAAAAAAAAAAUAAAGACACUACCCACCAUUCAAGCUGGUUAACUGAGACAUUUGUAAAAGAAGAAACCCAAGUGAAUGUUAAGAGUUGUAAUUAUUUUGUACAAAAGAGCAGUUGCUUUGCAGAGUCAUUGGUUCGUUAGUGGAAUUUUGUUUGACAUUGUCUUAGAAAUAAAUCAAACUAUUUAUUAAAGCAUUUUAUAACUGUUUUUCACA